GCCAACGUGGCCGUGUUUGGACGACGAAACAGAGAGGAACUCAUCCAUAUAAAAUUUCACGGUCAAACGUCAUCAAGGUUCCAAACUUGGGAGGGACCUCGAAGCCGAAUCCAUCUGCGCGCCGUUCCUGAUUUAUUCCUCUAUCAUCUAAACUGACUUUGCUGUUCUUUUUUUAUAAUUGGAUGAAAGUCCAGAUCUCAAGGAUAUGGAACCUGCCAGUUUAGACUUGCUGACAGAGGCAAAGAAACUCGAGUCUGAGGUAUUAUCUACUAUCAAGUUAAAUCCUGCACAUGUUUCUGGUGGUCUUGAUAAGCUGCUUAAGGAUGCUUAUGCUAUACGAUGCCCAAAACCUGUUGAUUAUUUCAACAGGAAGGAUUUAAUUCGUAUCUUCAAUAUUAUAACCAAGGAAAUAUAUGGCAAUAAUACUAGCUACCCGGUUGUGGAGGGAUAUGGCUCUUUUGUUAUGGAUAUGUUCUGUGAUGGAAGUGAUUUGGAUUUGUCCAUAAAUUUUGGAAACAAUUCAAAUGAAGUCCCUCGGCAGAAGAAAAUUGAAACCCUUCGAAAGUUUGCUAAGAAGUUUCAUAAAUUUCAAAGAAAAGGAAUUGUUAGAGGUGUACAGACCAUCCUGACUGCGAGGGUGCCAAUUGUAAAAGUUAUUGAUUGUGGUACUGGCAUUGAAUGUGAUUUGUCAGUGGACAACAGGGAUGGCAUUGAGAAAUCUCAUAUUAUCCAUGCAAUUUCUCUUAUAGACGAAAGAUUUCAGAAGUUAAGCUUUUUGAUGAAAUGCUGGGCAAAAUCACAUAACAUCAACAGUUCCAAAGACCGGACUCUAAACUCCUUAUCUAUUGUCUCUUUGGUUGCUCUUCAUUUACAGACUCGCAACCCUCCUAUAUUACCUCCAUUCUCUGCUUUGCUUAAAGAUGGAUCUGACCCAGCAGCAGUGAAGAAGGUUGUUGACAAUUAUGUAUCCUUUGGGCAAAAGAACGUAGAGUCAUUGGCUGAGCUUUUUGUUACACUUUUUGUCAUGCUAGCAUCAGUUGAAAAGCUUUGGGAGAAAGGCCUAUGUGCAAGCUUGUAUCAAGGAUCAUGGAUUUUUAAAUCAUGGGGUUCUCGUUCUUAUCCAAUAAGUGUUGAGGAUUUCACGGAUCGGUCUCAAAAUAUUGCAAGAGCAGUUGGAACUGAAGAGGUAAAAACAAUCUACAGAUGUAUCCGGGAGUCUCUCAGCCACUUUUCGGAUUAUCUUAAUGGCAAGAUGUUGGGAACUAAGUUGGUUGAUCUUUUGUUUGGAGGAGAUACUCCUUCUACCACUGGCCUUGUGGGUGCUGGGGACAUAGACAAAAGUAUGAAGAAUCUUCCUAUUUCAGAAAAUCAGCGUCCACUAAAAAGGCAGAGAUUUGUGGAAGAUUUAGAAGUAAAGCAGAUUCAGAAACCUAGUGAAGGAAACUAUUUUGUCCAGGGUAAUCAAAGGGCAGAGCCAUGGAAAGGUUCUGCACUAGCCCAUCAGGCACAUGUCCUUCAGGGUGGGACCUUCCAACCUCCUGCUAUUUCUAGUUCCUAUAAUAGGUUGCCUCAUGGUUAUGGUCCUGGGACAACUCCUGCGUCUGCCCAAAAUCAACUAGGUUUUGGAGGGUCUUUUAACUCCCACCAACGACCGAAGCUUGUCCCCGUUCUGAAUCCCAUUGGUUAUCCUGGGGCAUUUCAUCACCAAGCUGUACAUCCAAAUCCAUCUCUUGGACCCAUUCAUUCACACUAUCCUCUAGUUAGUAAUAACCUGUAUCAAGGAGGACCAUCCAGUUCACAUGCACAGAAGCGAUAAAUUUCCUUUCCUGGCCUCUCGUUGUUUCUUGCAUGUACAGUGCUCUUGACUGAUUAAGAUUAAAGUCACUAAAGAAUUCACAGGUAGACCACUAAUCCUCAAGCCUCUCCUUGCUUGACUAACAAAAGGCAGCGGUAUUACAGAGUGAUGAAGAUGUUGACUAGCAUCUAAACAUUGGAAGCUGAAGUUCUGGAAAUCUUUCUUUCACAUGAAAGACUGAGAAUCAUACAGCAACCAAUUCUCUAUCAGGUAAAUUUUUUGACCUCUAGCAUCUAAAUCAUAGAAAUUUCGUACCAGAGCCAGAAACAGAAGGGCAGUAGUCUCCUGCCUUUGAUCUGUUUUUGGGUAAUUCAAGCACUCCAUUGAGUGCCUUUAGAUCGGAUAAUUUAAAAAGAUUAAUUUUACAGUUAUUUUAAUUGUGCCAUUAAAUGAUUCCCUGUUGGGAUUAACUUGAUGGAUCAUGAAAUUUUAGAGGUGAUUUAGUCUAAUUAUUUUGCUAAACUUCAAAAUCUCACUUAAAUAGUUGGACCAUGAAAGUUUUCAUUUUUCAUCUGAGAGAUUGGUUUCUUGUAACAGUAAUACUAGUUCCUUUCAAAAUCUUAGAGA